AUGCAGUCUAACCUCAGUGCACAUAUACAAACCAUCAUACUACAGGUAGACGAACAAUUGAACUCCAUCCAACACAUGCAAUCGGGAAGCACAGCGUGUAUGUGCGUUAUCCAUAACAACAAGCUCGUCGUUGCCAACAUCGGCGACUCGGUCGCCUUUCUGUGUCGCGAGGCUAAGGCACUGGACCUCACAGUCUCCCACAAACCCAGUAUAAAGGAGGAGAAGGAGCGCAUCGAGGCGUGUGGGGGUCGCGUGAGUUGUGAGUUGGAUGGGGUGGCCAGGGUCAAUGAGAGACUGGCGAUGAGUCGUGCGCUGGGGGACUUUUCCUUCCGGAAGUACGGCGUCAUUUCGGAACCGGAUGUGGGUGUAUUCGAGCUUACGGAGAAGGAUUGCUUCUUAGUUUUGGGAACAGACGGCGUGUUUGAUAUGAUCACCAGUGCACAAGCGUGUGCUGUGGUCAACUCGUGCGAAGAUCCCGAGGAGGGUGCUCAAGAACUCGUUUCAUUGGCUGCUCAACUCGGUAGUCAUGACAACGCAUCCGCCGUGGUUGUCAGGCUGGAGGGGUGGGGUCUGUAUGAGAACCCUGACGAUGUGCGAUUGAGGGCUCAGGCGUAUUCGUAUAAUAGGGGAGGAAGGUUUAGGUCGUUAUCACAUAUAUAGUUACACACAUUCGUGUUUGUGCACUUUUAUGGACGACUUCCACAGGUUUAAAUUCAAUGCAAAUUUAUAAUAAAUGCACAUAUUCUCGUUGU